AUGAUCAAGAAUACCGUCGAUCAACUCACUGCGUUAAUUAAUCGGAUGCAAAUCCAUCGCGUUUGCUCAACCAAAUACUGUUUACGCAAAAACAAAGAUACAAGAGUCUUUUCUUACAGAUUUUACUACAAGCGCCUUAUACAGCCGACAGCUGAUUAUAAUCGAAAGAUCAAUCCUCGCAAGUAUCAAUUCGCCGUUCAGCGCAAUCAUCUUUUGCAAAACCCUUUUUCACUUGUUUUUGUAUUAAGCUGGUUAGCCAACACGGAUAUACAGCUUGUAUCCAGCCUUAAGGGUCUCUUAAAGUACGCCUCUAAGUAUUGCUUUAAGCAUGAAAAAGAAUCCGACUCUUACAAAGAUAUUGUUAAUAUAGUGCUAGAACACAUCAAUGCUAGGGCUCUAGCCUUUUCGCUAGUCUCUAAGAUGCUUAAUAAGCUGCUAAGAGAGAGGGAUUAUAGCGCCCAAGAGGUCUACGACAAUUAUGAGCACAACGCACGCACCCACUUAAUACUGCACCAUCCCCACCGAAAAGAAGACGACUUACUCACUGAUGUUACCGGAGAGGAGCAUCCGACAUUCGCUUUAGCUUAUAACGCUUGCAAGCGCCUUUGUCGAGAUCCUCAUAGCGAUUCUUUGUAUAUGCUCGAUUACUACGAUCCUCCUUCUAUAGCUGACGAAGAAGAUAAGGCUGGUUCAGACGAUGAAUACGACAUGGAAAGCCCUGAGCCUCGAGACCGUAAUGAUAUUGACGCAAGGGAAGAAUGGAAUUUGCGCAACCUUCGGAACCCUCGUAUUAUGCUUAUAGACGAAGACGACAUAUCGAACCGGCCUAAGGAUCUUGCUUAUAAUUAG